AGUUUUAAACAAAUUUAGUAAAGCGUUAAUUUAUUAUAAAUAAUUAUUACCGUUUAUUGAAUUUCAUUUGAAAUAAAGCCUAUACAUGAGAAUGAAAAAAACCUGGGUAAAGCGGGAAAAUAUAUAUUAUGUUCCCUUUUAUAAACAAAAGUCAAAAAUGUUACUUUUGGGCAUAUUUCUACUGGGAAUUAUAUUCUUCGUAUACCAAGCUGUUUCCAUAAAUCAACUGCCAAAUGCUAGCACACCGUGGUCUUUGGAAGGCACAAUGCAGGGUCUUAAAAGAAAGCACAAGCAAAUACAGGCAUCUUUGGGUAAAAAACAAACUGAUAACGAUUCAGGCGGAGGUGCUGGUGGAGGGCCUUACGACGAGGGUGGCGGUAAUGGUGAUAAUGAGGAUGCUAAAAUAUCACCAGAUACCAUAAAAAUAAUAAGAGGUAUACGACUUUUUGAUUAUGACUCCUAUAAGCCUAAUUUCGAGGGGAAAUUUCGUUGCUUGGAUGGGAGCUUGGAAAUACCCUUUGAUCGAGUCAAUGAUGAUUACUGUGAUUGUGAGCGCGACGGCAGUGAUGAGCCGAGCACAAAUGCCUGCAGUAAGGGCCGUUACUAUUGUAAAUAUCAAAAACGCCAUAUUACAGGACGGGGACGUGACUUAUUUGUCCAUAGUAGCCGUGUAAAUGAUGGAAUUUGUGACUGCUGUGAUGGCAGCGACGAAUGGAAGGGUACCAAAUGUAGAAAUAAUUGUUUAUAGGAGUGAUUAACUAAGUUUCAACAGUAGUUUUAAGUUAUUAUUUUUUUAUGUUUUUAUAUUAAAGAAUUUCGGAAAUAAGUUUUAUCUCAAGUCAUCGAAUGACUGCGAAAAUAAUGUAUCUACUAGGGUAAUUAAAAUUGUUUAAUUUCAAAAUUAAUAAUAGAAUUUUGUUAUAAACAUGAUUUUAAAUUAAUAAUUUUAUAUAGGUAUUCGAAAUAUUUAAGAUUUAUUUUAUAUUAUAGGCUAUUGUAAGUAACUGCACUACCAAAUAAUGUAUAUUUUAAGUUUUUAAAAUAAAGGUCUUAUUUUGUAACACGAAUAUUUUUGUUUGCUUGCAAGUUUGUUAGUAUUUUGACUCUUAUUGGAAAUUUUCCAUACAAAGAAAUAGUGAAACUUGUAGGCAAACGAAUAGAGUGAAACUUAGACUUUGAAUCUUGAAACUUGGUUUCUUCUGAAAAAAAAUUAAAAUAAAAUGUACGUGUUAAUAUAAUAGCAUUUAUAAAAUGUUUAGUACCAGUGCGAUUAACCGAUGUAAUUUUUCCUCUGAUACAGGGUCAGCCAGCCACGAUAAGGGUGAUUAUUACCGUAAACGAUUAUGGCGUAAACGUCUUACGCCUGUUUCGUACUAGAUUAAAGAUAAAAUGCAAACUGUUUCUUUAAUCUAGUACGAAACUGUCGUAGGCGUAUGACAUUUACGCCAUCCACGAUAAGGGUGAUUUUCAGUUUAGAUUUCUAGAUUUUUUUUUGAACAUGCAAAAUUUGUUUUAUUUAUAAGAUCUUUAAAUUGUAUGUAUUUUCUGAAAUCCUUUUAGAAUAUGACAUAUUUUGAUUUUGUAAAGUGAUUUUUUAUCAUUUGUUUAAACGUAAAAUGCAUCACAAAUAACUGAUUUUAGUUCAUGUUAUAUGUAUAUUUUUUAGUGGUUUUAUUUAAAAUGUUAAUUAAAUUUCCAUGUUUUUAAAAUAUGUAUAAGAUUGAAAUUCGAAUGGUUUUGAACUAUUCGGAUGUGAAUGAUAUUAAAAUUAUUUAAAAAAUUCCUAUGUAUAUUGAUUUAAGUUUUAGUGUUUAAAAAUAAUUCAUGUUUUAAGAAGUUUUAUAUAAUUAUUUAUAAAAAAUAAAAGAAUGUUUUUGAAAAUAAAGUUUAAGAAUAAGGAAGCAAGGAUAA